CCGGAAGUCGGAUUGGCGGCAAUACAACCGAAGGAGAAGCGUCGAGUCCGCGGCAAAAUGGGAGUGCACGGUCUCUGGGAACUCAUCGCCCCCGUCGGCCGUCGCGUCUCCGUCGAAACCCUCACCGGAAAGAAGCUCGCUAUCGAUGCGAGCAUAUGGAUGAUACAGUUCAUGAAGGCGAUGCGGGACGAGAAGGGAGAGAUGCUGAAGAAUGCUCACCUCGUGGGGUUCUUCCGCCGCAUCUGCAAGCUCCUCUUCCUCCGCACCAAGCCCGUCUUCGUCUUCGAUGGCGGGACGCCAGCCCUCAAGCGCCGCACAGUUAUCGCUCGUCGCCGCCAGCGUGAGAAUGCCCAGGCUAAGAUCCGGAAAACUGCUGAGAAGUUGCUUCUCAAUCACCUCAAGGCUAUGAGGGUAAAAGAGCUGGCCGAUGAUCUUGAGAACCAGAAACAGAAGAAGGAUGCCAAGGGUAAAAUGGUUUUAUCAGAUGAGUUUGGCACAGUGGGUGAUAUUCCAGCAAGCAAUGAUAUAGGAUUAAAGAGUUACAAUCAGGAACAGCAAGAUGAAAUGUUGGCAGCAUCCCUUGUGGCAGAGGAGAAUGGGGAUUUUAACCAGAGUGUAUUUACAUCUGGUGCUGAGAUGCAUUCUGAUGAAGAUGAGGGUGAUGAAGAUGAAGAAAUGAUCCUUCCAACUAUGCAUGGAAAAGUUGAUCCAGCUGUAUUAGCUUCUUUGCCUCCAUCCAUGCAACUUGAUCUUCUAGUACAGAUGAGGGAGAGAUUAAUGGCAGAAAACAGACAGAGGUAUCAGAAAGUUAAAAAGGCCCCCGCAAAAUUUUCAGAGCUACAGAUACAGGCUUACCUCAAAACUGUCGCUUUCCGUCGGGAGAUAGAUGAAGUUCAGAAGUCUGCUGCUGGGAGGGGAGUUGGUGGUGUACAGACUUCACGGAUAGCUUCUGAAGCCAAUAGAGAAUUUAUCUUCUCUUCAUCAUUUACUGGGGAUAAACAGGCACUUACAUCUGCUGGAGGAGAGAAAAAUGGUGAUAAGCAUUGUCAGACACAAACAGAACAUCCUUCUUCAGAUUCCCUGAAUAGCGUCACAUCCAAAGUUAACUCUAACAGUGCAACAGAAUCAGGAUCAGUUGCAGAAGAACCACAAAGAGGUUUUCAUGAUGAUGUUGAGACUUACCUGGAUGAAAGAGGUCGUGUUCGAGUCAGCAGAGUCAGGGCUAUGGGGAUUCGUAUGACCCGUGACUUGCAAAGAAAUUUGGAUUUGAUGAAAGAGAUUGAGCAGGAUAGAAUUGGUGCAAAUAACAUUGCAGAUACUGAGGCUACAGCUAAUGAACAGGGCCAUGGUGCCCCAAAAAGCUUUAGUACUGAAAUCCAGUCUCUGGAAACUUCAGGUGAGGGUAAUUGUAAAUCUGUCAAUGGGAGCAGCGGGGUGAGCACUUUGAUACAGGAUGAAAAUCAUAAUGUGGCACAGAAGUCUACAUCUAAAAGUGGACUUUCUAUAGAAAUAUCUUUUGAAGAGGAGCACAAAUGUUUUGAUGGGGAUGAUGAUAUAUUUGCUCGCUUAGUAGCAGAAAAUCCUGUAAUUAUUCCUUCUAUUCAUGACACGCUUCCAAAAGAAUUAUCUUCUGAUUCUUCCUCAGAUUUUGACUGGGAGGAAGGAAUUGUUGGAGAUAUGGGUGACUGUUUCAUUGAAGAUGUUAAAGCAGAAACCAAAUCAUCUCUUGCAGAAACUGCCAUUAGUGAUGAGAGUGAUGUUGAAUGGGAGGAAGGGUAUUGUGAUGUUGGUAAAAGUACUAACCCACAUCAAGCUGAUUGCACUGUAGCUACUUCACGAGGUGCUUUGGAAGAAGAAUCCGACAUCCAGGAAGCAAUAAAAAGAAGUCUCGAGGAUUUACAAAAUCAGAGACCUACUGAUCAAUUCUCUGAAAGUAAAUUUAAAGAAGUGUCUUGUGAAGGUGUAGUUAUAGAAAAUGACAGGGCUAAGUUCAAUCUGCCAUUGAAGAAUGAUCUGCAACAAAAUGUGUCAUUCUUUGACAUGGUUGGAGUUGAAAAGCCAGAUCCAGAGUCUGCAAGUGGAUUGAACAAUUUACACGUGGAUGGUUCUCCAGGGCCGCAGGUGAUAUCAUUGAUUGCAAUGGAUCCUGAGAAGAUGGAAGUAUUGUUAGAUACGCCAUGCAACAGACACCCAGUUUCAGAUCCGGAACAUUCAAUUGAAGGGCAGCGCUUGGAUACUUCUUCUGAUGGUGAGCGGGUGUCAGCCUUUUCUGGAAGGUGUUUUGGGCCUAGUUCUUCUGUAUCUAAUGCAGCCUUGGAUGACAAUUCUGAUACUGUUUUUAUUGCUCCUGAAAAAAAUGAUUUUAAAAACAUGCCAACUCAAUCAAACGAGACAAUUGGUGUUGCUUUUCCUCUAGGUAAAUUUAAUGUAAAGGAGGCAACAACUGACAUUAAUGAGGAAAGAUUGGUUGAAGAAAUAAAUCAGGAUAGGCUUAUCCAGGAAACAGAAAACAGUCUGGUCAAAUCUGCAAUCAGUGAUAACAGCAAGAUUCAGGUUGAAGUUACUGAGGCUGAUUUGGAAGAGGAAAUGCUAAAUCUAGGUCAAGAGCGUAUAAGUCUAGAUGAGGAGCAGAGAAAGCUUGAACGUAAUGCAGAAUCUGUCAGUAGUGAGAUGUUUGCUGAAUGCCAGGAACUGCUUCAAAUGUUUGGGUUACCAUAUAUCAUUGCACCAAUGGAAGCUGAAGCUCAAUGUGCAUAUAUGGAACUGGAAAACCUUGUUGAUGGUGUUGUCACGGAUGACUCUGACGUGUUCUUGUUUGGGGCUCGUAGUGUUUACAAAAAUAUAUUUGAUGACCGUAAAUAUGUUGAGACAUACUUCAUGAAGGAUGUUGAGAAUGAGCUUGGUUUAACCAAAGAAAAAUUAAUCCGCAUGGCAUUGCUUCUUGGUAGUGAUUAUACUGAAGGUGUUAGUGGGAUUGGUAUAGUUAAUGCUAUUGAAGUUGUGAAUGCAUUUCCUGAGGAAGAUGGUCUUCAUAAAUUCCGGGAGUGGAUUGAAUCACCAGACCCAAUGAUACUAGGAAAAGUCAAUGCGCAAACAGGAUCUAGUUCUAGGAGACGAGGGCUGAAAGCCUUUGACAACAGUGAUGCAGGGAUAUCUGCUACUGAAAACAGUGCUUCCCAAGUUCAUGAAGAUGAUCAGUCUCUAGAUUACAUGCAAAAUGUGAAGCAGACAUUUAUGGAUAAGCAUAGGAACGUGAGCAAGAACUGGCAUAUUCCGUCUUCUUUUCCAAGUGAGGUUGUUGUAUCAGCAUAUGUGUCUCCACAAGUGGACAAGUCAACAGAGCCUUUCUCAUGGGGGAAGCCAGAUCUUUUUGUUCUUCGCAAAAUGUGUUGGGAAAAGUUUGGGUGGGGCAGCCAGAAGGCAGAUGAGUUAUUGCUGCCUGUAUUAAAGGAGUACAGCAAGCAUGAGACUCAACUGCGGUUGGAAGCUUUUUACUCCUUCAAUGAGAGGUUUGCAAAAAUUCGCAGCAGGAGAAUAAAAAAGGCUGUUAAAGGUAUAACGGGGAAUCGGUCCUCGGAAUUGAUGGAUGAUGCUUUGCAAGAUUGUAAAAAUAGAAAGAGGAAAAAAGUUAGUGCAACUGAAGCUUGUGAUAACAAAUCGAAACAUUCCCUUGAUGGAAUAGAGGAUGGUUUGGCUCAAGAAGAAGGUAAGUCUGGAGGGAAAUCAACUCCAAAACAGUCGAGGAAGGGGAAAAUGCAGGGAGAUCCUCUACCAUCUGAACUUGGAGACCUAGAAACACCUAUGCAGCCAGAAGGCCGUGUGCACACCAGUAACAAGGGGUCAAGUAGGAAUGGAAGAAGUAGAGGAAGGGGAAGGGGGAGGGGGAGGGGCCGGGGAGCAGGGAAGGGGAGGAGGAAAGAAAGCCUUGGUUUCGAGGAUACAGAAAGCCAUUCUGAUGAUAGUGACUGCAGUGGUGACGAGCAGUAUCUCCAGGUUGAAAAGUUGGAAGGGCCACAUAAAGUGCGGAGGUCAACGCGCCCUCGGAAGCCUGUGAAUUAUAUUGCGACUGACUUGGACAUUGACAAUGAGGGGAAGCCAAAAGACCGGAAUCAUGAAAAAGCAAUGGAGCAAGAACCAUUUGGGUUCCAGGACACAUGUGGUGAUGCUGCUGUCAUCAGUGAAAGGAACCAGCAUAGUGUUGAAGGUACUUCACUUGACAAGGGUGAAAGGAAACAGCAUAGUUUCGAAGAUACUUCACUUGAGAAGGGCUCGUGUGCAGACUGCUAUGAAAUGGGAGGUGGGUUUUGUGUGGAUGAAGGUGAACCAGAAAUCAGAACUGCUGAUCUAGGCUUGAGACAGAAGGCUGAUGCUAAUUUUGAUGCUGACAUUUCUACCGAAUAUCUUAAGAUUGGGGGUGGGUUUUGUGUGGAUGAGAAUGAGAGCAGGAAUGAGCGAGAUGAAUGUGUUUUUAACCCUCCUGAGCCUAACACCUGUCAAAACCCCGGCUCUUCCCAUGAUCCUGGUUUCAUGGAUGAAAUUGCGAAUGGUAGCAAUCAAAUUCUGUCAAGUCCCAGCCCCAAAGCAGCUUCAGAAGGACCACACGAGAGAGAAAGGACUGAAGCAUCUAUUGCUGAGCAGACUCAAACAGGAGAUGCUAUGAGCAGUGGUGGUCAUUCCAAGGUGAGCAAGUCACUGCAGCAGAAUGUGGCAGCUGAUCCUGAGACCAACCCUGUAAAAUCUUUAAGUGCUAUGCCUUUCUUGAGAAGGAAACGGAGGAAGAGCUGAUAGUUGUAUGUUGAAAACGGUCUUGGACAGUUUUUGUUGUAAUUGCUGGACUUAGAAUGUCCAAAACAAACACACACACACACACAUUCUGCCCUUUCCCCUUUUAGGUUCAGGAGAUUUGUAUCUGUGUAAAGAUGUAUAAAUUAUUAGUGAUCCUAGACGUCCAGCGGUGAAGUUCAAGGCGCCAAUCUUAAGGUAUCUUUUUUUUUUGUUUGUUUUUCACACGUGUGGAAAACCGUUGUAGCCUGUAAAGUACUAGAUUAGUGAAUUUUGUCCAAUGUAAAUUUGAUGGCUUAUGUUGUUCAGUGGCACUUUUGGAAGUUGCUUCCUGUGGAGCCAGUUUUACCGA